GAUAGAGACAGAGAGAAAAAUCUGCAAACAGGAAAAGCAGAAAACGGAGCUACAAUAGGGCCACUGAAGGCAAGAGUAUCUGAGCAGCAUGGAGCACACAUUUAGAGCAGUGACGCAAAGCCCUGGGAUCAUUAUCUGGAGGAUUGAGAAAAUGGAGCUGGUCCAAAUCCCAGAGAAAUCCUAUGGAAACUUUUAUGAUGGUGACUGCUACCUGAUUCUGUCUACUCAGAAGGUUAGCUCUUCUCUGAGUUACGACAUCCACUACUGGGUCGGCUGUGAGUCCUCUCAGGAUGAACAGGGAGCAGCAGCUGUUUACACUGUCCAGCUGGACGAGUUUUUAGGCUCCAGCCCAGUCCAGCACCGCGAGGUUCAAAACCACGAGUCCGAUACCUUCAGGGGCUACUUCAAACAGGGGUUAAUCUAUAAGAAAGGUGGAGUGGUCACAGGCAUGAGGCAUGUUGAAACCAACACGUAUGAUGUGAAGAGGCUGCUUCAUGUGAAAGGGAAGAAAAGAGUGACUGCCAAAGAGGUGGAGAUGAGCUGGAAGAGCUUCACCCUGGGUGAUGUGUUUUUAUUGGACAUUGGUAAGAUCAUCAUUCAGUGGAACGGACCCAAGAGCAACAGACAGGAAAAGCUCAAAGGCAUGUUAUUGGCCAAAGACAUCCGAGACAGGGAGAGAGGAGGCCGGGCAGAGAUCGGAGUGAUUGAGGGUGAAGCUGAGUGUGACUCUCGUGAGAUCAUGGAAAUCCUGAACAAUACCCUCGGUGAAAGAACCUCUGAGCUGAAAGAUGGACCUCCUGAUGAAACCGCUGACCAGGAACAGAAGUCAAAACUCACACUCUACCAUGUUUCAGAUGCUGAUGGCCAGAUGAAGGUCACAGAAGUUGCUACAAAGCCACUGAUCCAAGAUCUCCUCAACCAUGAUGACUGCUACUUCUUGGAUCAGGGAGGGAUGAAGAUCUUUGUGUGGAAGGGGAAGAGAGCAAACAAAGCUGAAAGACAAACAGCUAUGAGCAGAGCUUUGGAGUUCAUCAAAGCCAAAAACUAUCCAUCCACAACAAAUGUGGAGACAGUAAAUGACGGGGCAGAGUCAGCUCUGUUCAAACAGCUCUUCAGCAGGUGGACUGUGAAGGACCAGACUCAAGGUCUGGGCAGAAUGCAUACCAGGGGAAAAGUGGCUCAUAUCACACAGGAGAAAUUUGAUGCCUCUCUGAUGCACGUGAUGCCAGAGGUCGCUGCACAGGAGCGGAUGGUUGACAAUGGUACAGGUCAAGUAGAGGUGUGGAGGAUUGAGAAUGUGGAGCUUGAGCCUGUGGACCCUGAACAGUAUGGAUACUUUUAUGGAGGAGACUGCUACCUUAUCCUCUAUACUUACCUUGUCAACAACAGGAAGUGUUACUUGCUCUACAUGUGGCAGGGCCGUCACGCAACUCAGGAUGAACUGGCUGCCUCUGCGUUUCAGGCCGUGAAUGUGGAUCAAAAGUACGGUGGUGAACCGGUUCAAGUGAGAGUUACAAUGGGCAAAGAACCGAGGCACUUUAUGGCGAUUUUUAAGGGGAAAAUGGUCAUCUUUGAGGGUGGCACAUCUAGAAAAGGUAACACUGACCCAGAGCCUCCUAUAAGGCUGUUUCAGGUUCAUGGUUCUGACCCGUCCAACACAAAAGCCAUUGAGGUUCCCGCCCUGGCAUCCUCCCUGAACUCAAAUGAUGUGUUUCUCCUGAGGAGCCAAUCAGGGAUUUAUCUGUGGUGUGGGAAGGGGUCCAGUGGGGACGAGAGAGCAAUGGCAAAGGAGGUGAGCACUGUGAUUAGUCAGGGCUCACAGAGAGGCGCUGAGGAGCUGGUGGCAGAGGGUCAGGAGCCUGUUGAAUUCUGGGAGUUACUUGGAGGGAAAGCUCCCUAUGCGUGUGACAAGAGACUACAGCAGCUGGUCUUAGACCAUCAGCCACGCCUGUUUGAAUGCUCCAAUAAGACUGGCUGUUUCAAAGUGGCUGAAGUGACUCAAUUCACACAGGACGACCUCAGUGAGGAUGACAUCAUGCUGCUGGAUACCUGGGACCAGGUGUUUCUGUGGAUAGGUAAAGAUGCCAAUGAGGUUGAACGCAAAGAAUCAGUGAUCACGAGUCAGGAGUAUCUGCGCACGCAUCCGGGAAACAGAGACCCAGAGACUCCCAUCAUCCUUAUCAAACAGGGAUUUGAGCCACCCACUUUCACAGGGUGGUUCACAGCCUGGGAUCCCUCCAAGUGGAGUGGAGGGAAGAGCUAUGAGGAGUUAAAGAAGGAACUGGGAGACAUAGCAUCACCUGUUCAAGUUUCAACUGAGCAGAGCAGUGCUCAAAGUGAGAAAAACUAUCAGUCAUUUCCACCUGACACUCUGAUCAACAAACAGGCCAAUGAGCUGCCUGACGGUGUUGAGCCCACCCAGAAGGAGAAAUAUCUUUGUGACUCUGACUUCUGCUCCGUGUUUGGGAUCACAAAAGACGAAUUUGUGAGUUUACCACGCUGGAAACAGCUCAACAUGAAGAAAGAGAAAGGGAUGUUUUAAUCACAAUGUUUUCUCUACUUUAAUCAGGCUUCUAAUUAUUUGUUAAAAUGCAAAUUACUGGCCUAUCACUUUAGCUCUGUCUGUAAAUGGUUUUAUUCAGAGAUUUGUUUAGUGUUGCACAAGUCUCAAAUACUUUGUUUUUCCU